AGUCAUUAAGAGAGAAGGGUGUGUGUAGAUGCCAUAUAAAUGUACUGAUAGCCGCUAGGGUUAGGGUUUGCAGUCUUCUACUCUUUCUUCGAUCGGCUCUUCCACUCCUUGAAGCAUGGCUACUCCCGCCGCCCCUCCCCGCCAGCUCUCGCAGAAGGAAGCCGACAUUCAAAUGAUGUUGGCCGCGGAGGUCCACCUUGGAACUAAAAAUUGUGACUUCCAGAUGGAGCGUUACGUAUUCAAGCGCCGCAACGAUGGCAUAUACAUAAUCAACCUGGGGAAGACAUGGGAAAAGCUUCAGCUGGCAGCCCGGGUGAUUGUCGCAAUUGAGAAUCCUCAAGACAUGAUAGUACAAUCUGCAAGGCCUUACGGCCAGAGAGCAGUCCUUAAGUUUGCUCAGUACACCGGUGCCCAUGCCAUUGCCGGAAGGCACACUCCUGGUACCUUCACCAACCAGCUGCAGACAUCGUUCAAUGAACCCCGUCUCCUCAUCCUAACUGAUCCAAGGACAGAUCACCAGCCCAUUAAGGAAGCUGCUCUUGGAAAUAUCCCAACCAUUGCCUUCUGUGACACUGAUUCACCAAUGCGGUACGUUGAUAUUGGUAUCCCUGCCAACAACAAGGGGAAGCAUAGCAUAGGGUGUCUCUUUUGGCUCUUGGCAAGAAUGGUUCUGCAGAUGCGCGGUACUAUUCGUCCUGGACAUAAGUGGGAUGUGAUGGUGGAUUUGUUUUUCUAUCGUGAACCUGAGGAGGCUAAGCAACAGGAAGAGGAAGAAGCAGUUGCCAUUCCCGAUUACGGACUCGGUGAUUAUUCUGCUCCUCCCCUUGCCUCUGACCAGUGGCCUGUUCAAGUUGCUGAUACUCAGUGGAACCCUGAUGUUCAGCUUCCUAUUUCAGCAGUUCCUACUACUUGGGCAACAGAACCAGUUGCUUUAGCAGGGGAUUGGGAUGCUGCUCCCGCUCCACCAGUGACCACCACUGUUAUUGAAGGUGCUGCUCCUGUUGCUCCUGCUUCUGGAUGGGGUGAAUGAAGUUAGCAAGCUUUUUGCUGCCAUAAUUUUGAGUUAGCUUUCCAAGUUUGAUCAAUUUCUUUUGUGAUAUGAACUUGUUUAUGGGCACGGCUUAGUAUAAUUUCAGGGAUUUUUGACUUUGUAGUUGGUGCCUUUAAGAGAGUUGCUUUAUUUUGAUCUGUUCAAGAAUCUGAUAUUUCCAAGCAAUGCAAGACAUGCUUUAUGAAUCUCCUGAAUGCUACUAAUCGAAUUGCAUGCCUAUUUUCACUA